AUGCGUCUUCACCCAGAGCAUUUCAUGUUGCAGCAAAACCAGGAGUGGCACUACGUGAAUGGCACUCAGCAGCAGGUAAGGUACCUGGACAGGUUCAUCUGGGACUGACAGAAGAUCUGUUCCUAUAACAGUGAGGUAGGUUUCUACGUGGCCCAUAUAGGGGUGGGAUGGGUGAUUGCUGAGUAUUGGAACAGGCUGCGGCAGCUUGGCUGCUUGUGGGCUUCAACGGAGAAAUGCUGCAGCUAUAACUGGAGGAGGACUCAGCGUGAUGGACAGAAGUUUUAUCCUUCUGAAAUAAAGAUCAAGUGGUUCAAUGGGCAGUAGGAGAUAGAUAAAGUUGUGUACAAGGACCUCCUUCUAAAUAGAGAUCAGUCUUUCCGGACCCUGGUCACUUUGGAAGUCACACCUAAGCAAGGGGAUAUCUGUGCCUGCCAGGUGGAUCAUGUCAGCCUACCAGCACCCAUCCUCAUGGCCUGGGCAGAAACAUGCUCUGGAUCUGCUGUGAGCAAGAAGGUGACUGCAACGCUGAGCUUUGACCUGGCCUUAAGUUUCAUUGUGGUGGUACUCAUCAUCUUUCAGAAGAAAAAGAAAGUCCUGGUUGGCCAAGCCCCCCAUUUUGGAAGGCAUACAAACAUUCACGCAGCACAGCUGGAUCCAGUGGUGCAGCAGCUGAAGUAG